GAGACAACCUGCUCGUUGCGAUCUCGGACCAAAUCGCCCAGGCUAAGAAAGAUGCCUACCGGACCGCCCACGUCUCCGUGGCCUCGGCACCUUUUCAACGAGUCUGGUCAAGUUGAAUCUAGCGUCCUAGCCUCGCUCGAGGAGUCCUCCUCCCAAGUUCCUCAGUCAACCUUGUCGCUCACAGAUAUACUCAACGUCCCUACUGAGUUUAUCGUACACGGUGUUCGGAAUAAGUGCGAAGCGGCUUUAUUGCUGGAUAUCGGACACUGUGGGUUCAAGCUUGACAGAUUGAUGGAAUGGGAACGUGAACGCGCUUACAGGGAAAAGGUUAUCACUGAUUGUAAAGACGCGGUAGCGGCAAUCUCUCUACCGAUUGAAGACUACCCGAUCCCUGUAGUCCUUCACAGAACGUUCACACCUUCACUCCCCAUCUUAAGUUCAGCAUUAACUAAGGUGCGACAACAGCAGCGUUACCUCCUAGAUCAAAUGAAUCAAACGCUUUCCGAGCUCGCCCGCCACAGAGCAGCUUGUGCACAAUUCGCAGAGGUCAACAUGGGAAUGGCAAGAGAAAUCAGUUGUGCUGGGGUAACUGGGUUGGCGGUUACGAAAUAUGUCCUAGCGGACGUCCAGCAUGCUCUUGUAUCCCGCAUCUUGAGCAUCAUGUCAGGGGCCGAUAUUGUAGGCGAUGAUGCAAAAAGCUGGGACGUACUGCUGGAAGACCUUCGACAGAGACGAACAGCUGAAAUUCACGCCACAUCAUCUUCUCCUGGAGCGGCUUCCGAAGGCUUCCGAAAGCGGAAGCGGGGGAGCCACUCGCCGGAUGUGGAGGACCUGCAUCAUUCACCGAGGAAACCACGCUUAGAUGUUACUCUUCUAGUUCCGGAAACCCCGUUCGUGGAGGCUCGAAUAUCCAAAGCAACGCAUGAUCCUCCGUCGAGUGUCAGUCCUGCAGGAUCAGAUAUGAUCGUGGUGGAUGAGACCACACAUGUGAGCCAUGCGGUAUCUUCAGCCUCUACUGAUUCCCCCUCCCUGAUGGUUCGCAAACAUUUGAAGAAUCCUACGACUGUCAUCGAAGAGAGUAAGACCGAUCGGGAUUCGCGUAGUCUUACCGAAACACAUGCUAAAGAACAACGAGAGAUGCAACACUCUGAGUCAUUGCAGCCGCAUUGCUAUCCCCGCCGCCAAGACUUCAUACAGCUCGAGAAGGGAUAUGUCAGAUCUAAUACACUACUUGAGCAUGACCAGAGCAGCAAAAGCAAAGGUCUGGGGGGAUCCUUUAUCAUAACUUCCACGCCUCUAGAGAACGACGGGUCUCGUCUCCCCCACACACAGGCAGCGGAUGAUCGAUCGUUGCGCAGGCAGCAUAGAGAUACACAAGGGAGUAACACGACCAUGGGCAUCUCGGCAGAAGGUUGCGCAAUCGAGAUGGAAAUGCCAUCCAUUCGCAUUAGCCAGCUAUCAUCUCAAGAAGGUGCAGAUGCUGAUAACACAAGUCAAAAGAGUUCAGAAUUCAACGAUAGGGAGGACGUUGAACGUGGGGACGGUGGUCAUGAAGACAACGGAGAGCAGACACAUGAAAAUCGAAGUGUCGCCGAACUCGGGCGACAAAUCUCUGGUGUCCGCUUCGUUGCAAGGAAGCCCGAGAAGUGGCAAAACAACGCAACUGGACACUUUUCCCCAUCAAAUGACAGUCACCACAGAGAAGACGGUAGCCAGGAAAGCUCCAAACGCGACACGACAAAAAGUCAAACGGAUUCAGAUCCUGUAUCGAGAGAACUAUACGAUACUACAACCGCGGGUGCUCACGAGGUGCGAGAAAUACUUCACGGCCACUGGCAGAUGAGCCAGAAGGAUGUGGCGCUGCCGAUAAUCUCCACUAUUCCCGCAGAAGAUGAUGAUCAUGAAGACCAUCUCCAAUACACAACUCAAAAGCACGAUAACUCGCGCACUUCAAGCCAUUGCGAAGCUCCCGCACCUCCUUUGCUACUACGGCGGGUCCGAAGCGAAGUUACACCCCGUCAACGGCACCGCACAUUCGACCCCAUGUCAAGUGCCAUUGAUAAAGAGAAUGCGGAGGCUUUGCUGGACGAAUGGUCGCCAGUGCUAACUUUGGGGAAGCAAAGAAGAGGUCAAUCAGCUCCUCCAUCACCCAAUCGAGCAACAGAUAUACUUAAUCCCCAGAGCCGAGAAUCUCGGGUCCUUCGCGAGGCAGCGCCACAAACCCUUUCAGGUAACUCCAAUGCAACCUCAAGUUCCCUCGACCAAACCAGCGGGACCAGCCUACGGGAUCAAUGGUCACAAGUUAAUUCGAGUGGAGACGAAAAACGACAGCAAGCGGAGCCCAAUCCGACGCCAUCUCUAUCGUUGGUAUUGUCACUCUCUCCAGUGUCACCGUCAUCCACUGGUGGAAAACAAAGCAAUGCUUUGAAGAGCCUUGAUUUUUUUGGUCUUUGUGAUCCGAGCCCUGAUUUGGCAGCAACGGGCGCAGAUGACCAAGAGAAUCGAUACGGAGGCGGAACAUUGUCUUCAGGUUCUCCGAGGGUGACAUUUGCCUCGUCUCCCCAUUUUUAUACCUGCGCAGAAGUUCAACAUGGUGACGAGUCUAGUGCUAGUUUGUGAUCCAAAGAGCUGUAGAACAGUAGGCAAUUAUUCUGAAUAUAGAAUGCGUGACAUAGACCUUGCUUGUUUGGCUUUCACGCAAUUGUCGCCCCAG